AUCAGGAAUUAAUCUUGUCUACCUUAUCUUCUCUUUUGGAAAUAUUAGUUUAUAAUUGGCUUGUCAUAUGCCUCUUUGCUUGGUUAGCUUGCCAACUAAUUAAUCUUGAUUGAUUCAAACAAGUUUCCGAGUCAGAUUAGUUGGAGAACGAUUCCUUUUUUUUUUGAUGAAACAGGAGGGGCAUUAUCCCCCUACUGGAUAUAUUGUAAGUAAUGAACGAUUCCUUGAAGGUAGUUGUCGAUAUAUAUAAUGGUAGUGUGUGCAUCAUGAAGUACUAUUUGGAGCAUUUUAAACUGGCGAUUGUCAACUCUUAUGUGUGGAUCUCAAGGACACAAAUUGAUCAACCCACCGGCCUAGGUACUCUUAAUAGAAUGACAAGCCAUUCUUGUACCAUAUAAAUGAACUGGAGUCGACCUCUUCCUGCCACACACCACGCACAUUCCAAAGAGCUCACUAGAUAGCAAAAUGGCUACAACAGCUCUUGUGGGUGUUACCACGGUGGUGAUGAAACCGCUCUUGUCCAAGCUCACCAAGCUGCUGGGGGAAGAGUAUGUCAAGCUCAGAGGUGUUCGUAAGCAAAUCGAGUUCUUGAGGGAUGAGCUGAGCGCCAUGAGUGCCACGAGUGCCACGCUCGAGGUGCUCGCAGAUGCAGAGCAGCUCAACCCUGAGACGAAGCUCUGGAGGGACAAGCUACGCGAGCUGGCCUAUGACUUGGAGGAUUGCAUUGAUGCCUUCAUGGCUCGUGUUGACGACAGGCGCGAUGGUCCUACAGGCUUCGAGAAAUACUUCUGCAAGUUGAAGAGACUGAAAGCACGCCAUAAGAUUGCCAAUCAGAUCAAAGAACUCAAGACAUCUGUAAUGGUGGCCAGCGAGAGGCACAAGAGGUAUGAAUUUGCCCAGAACCCUAGCACUUCUUCCGUUGAUCCCAGGCUGCAAGCACUUUAUACGGAUAUUGACAAACUUGUGGGCAUCGAUGGCCCUAAGAAGCAUAUCAUUGAGUUGUUAUCCAUGGAGAUGAACGGGCCAUCCACAAAACUUAAGGUGGUCUCAAUCGCUGGUUGUGGAGGUCUUGGUAAGACUACUCUUGCAAAGCAAGUUUACGACACCAUUAAAGGCCAGUUCUCCUGUUCAGCUUUUGUGUCGGUUUCUCGAACUCUUGAUCUGAGGAAGAUUCUAAUACACAUUAGUAGUGGAGUUGGAUUCACUGGUUACACACAGGAUGAUGGUGAGCAGCAGCUUAUUGAUAAACUCAGGAAUUACCUUCACUGUAAAAGGUACAUUAUUGUAAUUGAUGAUUUAUGGGACACAAAACAUUGGAAAUUUAUCGAACCUGCAUUGCUGAAUAAUGAUCUUGGGAGCAGAAUAAUCAGUACGACACGUAGUGUUACUGUUGCGAAAUGUUGUUCCUUUCAAGAUUAUGAAAUCGAGCCUCAAGUUUAUGAAAUGGAGCCUCUUAGUUUCAAUGACUCCAAAAGGUUGUUUUUCAAACGUGCAUUUGGUUCUGAGACUCCAUGUUAUCCUCACUUGGAAGAUGUUCCGGAUAGAAUAUUAAGAAAAUGUGGUGGCCUACCAUUGGCAAUUGUUACUGUAUCUAGCAUGUUAACCAAUCAGCUUACAAAAGAAGAAUGGGAUAGGGUACUAAGUGCCAUGGGUUCUGCACUUGCAAACAAACCAGAUGCUAAGAAGAUGACUAGUAUAAUAUCUCUGAGUUACUUUGAUAUUCCUUACCAUCUGAGAACUUGUUUCUUGUACUUGAGUGUGUUCCCGGAAGAUUAUAAGAUCGAGAAACAAUGUUUGAUCAAUAGAUGGAUUGCAGAAGGGUUCAUUCAUGAGGAAGAAGGGCGAAGUAAAUAUGAAAUUGGUCAGCAUUAUUUUAAUGAUCUCAUCAAUAGAAGCAUGAUCCAACCUAUUGAUGUGAAGUGUGGUCAGGCAAAGGCAUGCCGAGUUCAUGACAUCAUUCUUGACUACAUCAAGUGCAAGGCUACCGAAGAGAAUUUUGUAACUUCAUUAUAUGCUGCAGAACAUGUAUACACUCCAGCAUACAAGGUUCGUAGGCUCUGUGUCAGCAACCACACUAAAGAAAAUGUUACCAUAUGGGCAGACCCGAUGUUAUCUUGCGUUCGAUCAGUUACUAUAUUUGGACAAUCGGUGAAAACCUCUUUGUUGCCUUCCACUGCUCUUCGUGUGUUGGACCUAGGAGAUUGCAGUCGCAUGAAAGACCAUCAUCUUGCAAGUAUUGAAAAUCUGUUUCAUCUCAAGUACCUGCGUCUCUCCUCAGGCUCAGUAUCUAAGCUGCCUGAGAAAAUAGGAGAACUGCAAUAUCUACAAACCCUGAAUGUACGGGGUACUGGCAUUGAAGAGCUUCCAUCCACUAUCACCAAACUACAACGAUUGGCCUAUUUAUAUGUUGAUUGGCGCAUUAGAUUUCCAGAUGGAGUGAUUGGACAGAUGCACAACUUGGAAGAGCUGACGGAGUAUGGAGUCCAAUCCUACGAACAAUGGAAGUCUCUGCAAGAAUUCAGUAAACUAACCAAGCUGAGGACAUUAAAAUUUAAAUGGGAUUUUAAUUCACUCGAAGGCUCGGAAGGACUGAGGCAAGCUGAGGGUUUUCACAGUUAUGCGGGAACCUUAUUAUCUUCAUGCAACCUUUAUAAUCUACAUAUCGAGGACUGGUCUAGGUACAACAGGUACCCAAUGUCAUUGGAUUCAUGGCACCCUGCUACUCCUUGUAGCCUCCGGAAGCUCUGCAUAAAACGUUAUCUCAUCUUUAAGGUGCCAAAUUUGAUGGCAUCGUUUGGAAAUCUCGUGGUACUAAAACUGAAUUAUAUCAUCUGUUUGAGACCAGAGGAUGUGGAUAUCCUUGGAGCAAUACCGACUUUAGUUUUUCUCAAACUAGCAACUGCCGGAGGCACCAACGGAAGGAUCACUGUUCAUGGCAGCAAUGGAUUUAAAAGUUUGAAAUAUUUAUCUCUGCGUAUUUUUCGUUGUGGGACCACGCUGGAGUUUCAAGUGGGAUCAAUGCCAAAGCUUGAGCAUGUGAAGCUCAUAUUGCGUAUGCAUAAGAGGAAGUGCAUGAAUGGUGCUUCUGAUUUGGGCAUCCAGCACCUCUCCGCUCUCAGCAAGGUUGAGGUAGAAAUUUAUGGCAACCGCAGAAACGACAGCAACUACAAUCCAACUGAAGAUAAGAAAGAUGACGCUGUUAGAUGGGUUGCAAAUGCAAUUAAUGGAGCCAUCAUGACACAUCCCAACCGUCCCACUGUCAUAUAUGAAACAGACUACGAUGAGGAUUGUGAACAUUUCGAAUCUCUUGGAGGUUUAUUGACAGGGGCGGGGCCAGUAUCGAUUCCUUGGUUUUCCUGGGAAUACCUAAAUUUAAAAAAAAAAGAAAUUCCUGACUAUACAAGCUGUUUUCCUUUCCGUCAAUCAGUCGAUUUUUUCUGUUGAAGGCUGGGCCCAUGAGGUGAGCGUAACGUGGAUGAGGCAGAUACGGCCCAUCAACUCGUCAGUCUAUCCCCUUCCAAAAGGAACUCGUCACUCUGCGAUCUGCGUCACGACGUACGGCGGUUGAUCACGCGUGCAUGCUUUGCCUUUUUUUUUUUGUGAAAAAAAAUGCAUGCUUGCUCUGUUGCCAGGCCCUUGGCGCAGCACAGCAGCAGCUGUGGAGCAGGCCAAGUGGUAGCGAGCAUUCCGGACCAGUCAACGCACAUGGACCAAUGGCCGGUGGACAUGCUAAUGCAAGUUAACGGAGUUUUUUUAGGAGCCCUAAAAUUAUGCAGCUAUACAACAUGUAUGUAUGUCACUGAAAUUUUAUGUCGAUAUUUUUACUGGACAGUAAAACUAGCUGGGCAUUUUUUGUGUAUGUGUAUUUAUGAAUGUGUGAAUGUCCAAGGUAUGUGGGAGGUGAAA